CUUCACAGCACACACUUCAAUAAACAACUCCUCAGUUCCGUUCUAUUGCUGCCUCUAUUCGCACUUGACUUCUAUUGUCAAAAUCAUCACUGUGAUCAUACGAGAUGGAGGGAGGCAUGUUGGUUUUCCUAACCAUGGUGGCUGGUUGCCUUGUGGGUGUCUCGUUAUCCCAGGAUUGUGGGGGGACACUCACUGCCCCCUAUGGGGAGAUCAUGUCUCCUGGAUAUCCCGAUUCCUAUCCUCCAAAUACCAACUGCCAGUGGAUAAUCGAGGCUCCGACAGACACGAAGAUUUUGCUCGUAUUCUACGAUUUCCAUCUGGAGUAUACUGUGGGCUGCUUUCCUGGGGAUUUUCUGACCGUCUCCGACCCAGUGGUUGAUCCACAGAUAUUUUGCGGUGACAAUCCUCCAUGUCUAGUGGAAUCCACCGGAAACAGCCUGUCCAUCUCCUUCUUCUCCAAUUCUGAUGACGAUCAGGAAGGAUAUCGAUUUCAUUUAGCCUACAUCACUAUUUCUUCAUCCAGUUCGUCCAGAUGCGAAGAAGGUUGGGAAGAAUUCGGUUCAUAUUGUUACUUCUUCUCGGAGGAGGAAAUGGAAUUCGAAGAAGCCCAAAUGGACUGUGAGGCGAGGAAUGCCAACCUAACAAGCAUUCAUUCAAAGGAAGAACAAUUAUUCGUAAAGGGGCAUUCAAAGACACCGACCGUUUGGAUCGGAGCUAUUAAGACCGGAUCCCUGUUGGAUGAUCCCUUUGACUUUGAAUUUGUGGAUGGCACGCCGAGUGAUUACCACAAAAUGUGGUCGUGGCCCAGCACGCUUCUUGAUGGCUGCUCAGGUUCUAACUUUUGUAUGAUUCAGUUGGUGCCAGAUCGGUGGGAGAACCGAGACUGUUUAGAAACCAGACCAGUUAUUUGCAAUGCAGCCAUGGGGCAUGGUCCGGAUUGGGCAUGCUACGACGCCCCAAAAUACAAAGGCUGCUUCCAUGUCUCGACCGAAGCGUACACUUAUGAAGCAGGAAGGUCUUACUGCCAGUCAUUCCCCGGAGCCGAUAUCGUUCAUAUAGUUGGUGCACAUAAUCAUACGCUUCUUGCACAGGCGUUCCAAUAUCCCCAUUAUUUCCCACAUCCCCUUCCAAAGUGGAAUGAGUUUUGGAUUGGACUGAGGCUUGAUUUGUCAGGAGACUGGACGUGGGUGAACGGAUCACCAUUUUACGUAGACCGGUGGGAAGUGGGGUAUCCUGUUGUAGACGGUGGGGAUUGCGUUGUAAUGACGACAUCUUCCUGGGACGAUAUUCCAAGAGAUAAUCCUGGGUCUUAUGUCUGCAAGAAGUCAUUUUGAAGGAUUUUCACAACAAGGUGGUGAUGAUACUUGAAUGUUGCGCCAAAUAAAUUUAAGGAAUACUUGACACCUAGGAUUUUUAUUUUUCCCUGAUGUUACCUAAAUACUCUGAUUGGGAGGUGCAA